AUGCCAGCCGGAAGUUUGAUACCAGAUGGAUCGACAAGGACCGGAAGUGUUCAUAAUGAAAGGACGCUUCGACAUGGCGGCCGACCUGGUCACGUCGCUGCAGAUACAAACCCAACACAUACUAUGGCGAUGGCUGCCCUUCCAAAACCUGUGGCUAUCGUCUGCUGCGUAUCAAAUUUUGCAUUCCCUGGUCUUGGAACCAUGCUUACCGGAUUUGCAUUGUGCUGCUGUGAUCGUCAUGACGUUCGGAAUUGCUCGGACGUGUGCGCUAGCUGUACAGCCAACGUUGUGAUAGGAUUGUUACAAAUUCUCCUCACCCCUAUAUUCCUCGUCGGCUGGUUAUGGAGCUGUACAUGGGGAAUCCUCUUCCUUCGCACUGCAGAUGAGUAUGACAAUCAACACAGACAUGACAGUAUACCAGCAUCUAAUGACGUCAUCCAACAAACGAUCGUUAACAUCGAGGCACUGGACCACAGUCAACUUCACAGAACGGUAAAUCAAUAUGACGCCGAUAAAUAUGACCCGCCCCCUCGGUAUGAAAUGCUCAUCCAGGACUUUGAUGAAGACGACGAUUUGGAGCCGUCUGCAGAGGACAAUGAACCUCCUCCCCCGUACUGA